AUGGCGAAACCACCAGCGACCAACACGCCUAGCCGCAAAGACGUGUACGGAGCGUCAAGUCAUGAAUUGACGCAGCUUGGGGUUCAAAUCAAAAGAGAAGCUGGCAAAACAUCCCGGCCAGGUCUUGGAGAACUUACAGACUCUGCGAUCAACGCUACAAAAGCUUCGAUAACUCAUCCGUCCCCAAGUUCGCUACAGAGUAACGAGGCGUUGCGGACUUCUCCAUUGAGAGCCGCGCCCGGAGUAGCGGAUGAAGCCAAUGGCUUCAUGGUAGAUGGUGGCAACCAUGAAAAAUUCAGGGAAGUAGAGAAUCACGCCCAGGCGACGUCUUCUCUCUUUGGAAAACAGAAUGGAUUUCACGAACCCCAAGUGCCCGCAAAUCUCCCUUGCAAUGCAGGCGAAGAAACCCUUCAAAAUGGUUGGGAAGAAAACCAUUCAUCACGCAUCAAUCCACUGUUUCCUCCGUUGCCAGUCUAUGGCCCUCCUACGUUCCAGAACAGGCUGCAACAUCUCUUCUUCAGGCUUUCAGCUGCAAUCUUGAGCCUUGCAUUCCUCAGUCUCAUAGUAGUUGCCUCGGUCAUCACAAGUAUCCCAAGUCUGGUCAAGCAAAUUAUUUACAAGUCAACGCUAAGAGACAUCAAAGAAACGCGGCUUUUCUACGAAGAGGAACUUCGUAGAGCGCACAUUCGUACACAGAAGCAAAAGGCGUGGGAUCACCGAGUCUCAGCUGAGAAUAUUGGUGGCGAUCAGGAGGGAACUGCAGACGAAUAUCCACCCACUGAGGGAGGCAGAGACAAGAUUGUGUGUGAUGUUGGAUACUACGCUCGACGAGUAGGACUCGAUGUUGACGCAUUUAAAGUUCGCACGGAAGACGGUUUCCUGAUUGACCUCUGGCAUGUAUACGACCCGAGAGAAUACAUUACGAACAAUGUCGAUGCCGAGAUGUCGGGUACGAAGAACCCAAGGAAGGUUUUAAAGUCCAGCGAUAUAACGCCAAAAUUGCCGGUACUUUUAGUGCAUGGGUUGUUGCAAAGCUCAGGGGCAUACUGCGGCAACGACGAUGAGUCUUUGGCAUUUUGGCUCUGCAAAUCCGGGUUUGACGUGUGGUUAGGCAACAAUCGAUGUGGACUCAGCCCUGUCCACGAGUCCUUCACCCCAACCGAUCCGCGUAUGUGGAGUUGGAAUAUUCGGCAAAUGGGCAUUUUCGACUUACCAGCACUGACAGCAAAAGUGCUUGCGGAGACUGGCUUUGGCAAACUCGGCCUUAUAUGCCAUUCGCAAGGGACAGCCGAGACUUUGAUCGCUCUCUCAAAAGAUCAAUGUCCAGAGUUCGGAGAGAAGUUGACUGUGUUUUGCGGUCUGGCUCCGGCUGCCUUCCCCGGGCCACUCAUCGACAAAUUUUACUUCAAAUUUAUGCGGAACAUCUCUCCGUUCUGGUUCCGAACUAUCUUUGGAAUUCACUCUUUCAUACCAUUCAUGAUGCAAAUGCACUCACUUGUGAGCCCUACAAUAUAUGGCUGGCUGGGAUACAAAGUCUUUUCCUUUCUAUUCAACUGGUCUGAUGCAAGAUGGGACAGAGGGCUGAGGAACCGUUUCUUCCAAUUUGCACCGGUACAUGUCAGCGCAGAAACAAUGCGGUGGUGGCUCGGCAAAGAUGGCUUCGCGAAGCACAAAUGUAUUUUGUCAACCAAGGAGGGGCUUCAAUCUGAAGAGCGACCGGAGAACGGUAUUCUGCCAGGUGGCCCAUUAUGCAGGAGCAGUCAAUGGUUCAAUGAACAAGUCCCACCUUUCGCACUGUGGGUAUGCGGCAAUGAUCAGUUAGUCGAUGGCGAGCGACUUCUUAGACGAUUUGCCAAUGGCCAGGAGCCAUUUGUGAAGAUGGUUCACAGCAAAGUCAUCCAAAAUUACGAGCAUCUAGACGUCAUUUGGGCUAUCGACGCCGUGGACCAGGUUUUCGUCGAGAUUCGUGAAGUGCUUUGGAAAACAUGCCAUGCUCGAGACAGGUGCAGAGUCCCAGAAGGAUGUGAAGGAAUACCUGCCUGGACUCCAGAAUCGAUCCAACAGCAGCUGUGA